AUGGACAAUUUUUCCUUUUUUAAUACUUUAAAAUGUUUGUUUCUAGAAUGCAGUCGUCUUCAUUGUCCUAACGGACAAUCUGGUAAAGAGGGUCCACCUGGGCAAGAUGGUGAGCCAGGCGCUCCGGGUAAGCCAGGUGUUCCAGGCAAAGACGGCGAAGAUGUCGAACUCGGCUCUCAGGUUGCCAAAUUCGUCUAUAAAUAUCAUGCACCUGAUCUACCUUGUUCAAUUUGUCCAGCUGGCCCACCAGGUCCUCGAGGACCUCAAGGUGAACGUGGUUUGAGCGGGAAAUCAGGAAAUCCAGGACCAAGAGGCGAAAGUGGAAACUCUGGAAUACCUGGUGCUGUUGGAACACCUGGUUAUCCCGGUCCUUCAGGAUCACCUGGAAGUAGAGGAAACAGGGGUGCACCAGGGGAAAACGCUAUAGCUGGUGAAGGAGUGAAAGGACCUCGUGGUGUACCAGGUAGUCAGGGACCGAGGGGACCACCUGGAGCUUCUGGACGGCCUUCCAACCUGAGAGGAGCUCCUGGAGUGCCUGGACCGAGAGGGGGAAUCGGGAAAACUGGAAAGUUCGGAGUUUACGGUGAAAAGGGUCCUCCAGGACCUCCAGGUGAGCCAGGGAUGCCGUCCACCUACUGCCCUUCGGAUUGUGGAGUGAACACAAUCUUAACCGCAAUUUUGAAUGCUGAUGUCACGCCCGAAUAUUCAUCACCCGACAAAGGGCAACAGCAAGAAGCUCCCUCAGAAAUCACUUUCGAGGAAGAGUCUUAUCGGAAUUUUUACAAGGAAUAA